AUGGCUCAUUUGUCAAAAUUUUUACCAAAGAUUGAUAGUAAUUCAAAAAUUUUGAACACCAUAAAAUGUGCAAGAACGAAGUCUGAAGCUGUAAUGAAAAAUGUAAUUGGGGAGAGUGAAAAACUUAAACUUAUAUCUCAUUUAGAAAAUAAUACUUUUUCAUUGAUUGUUGAUGAGAGUACAGACCGUGCUUGUAUAAAACACAUGGCACUUAAUUCUACUGCCGAAACAAUAUUACAAGUACCAGACGGAUCAGAGGCAAAUGAACAAUCAAAACCAGAUCAUGAUAUACCAGAACAGGCAGAAUCAACUACUAUUAAUGAUGCAGAAAAUAGGGAUCCAGUGAAAGGAUAUGAGAAUGCAAUGAAAUUUUUAGCUCUGAAAGAAGGCUCAUUUCAACCAAAAAAUAUAUUAUAUCCAGUUAUUAAUGUACGGAAAUUUCGUGAAGCAUGGUUUAAUCAAUACCCAUGGCUUGAAUAUAGUCCAGCUCUAAAUGCUGCUUUUUGCUUUUUUUGUAGAGCAUUCUAUAAAUUGAAUAAAAUGGAUAAUGCAUUUACUUGUAAAGGUUUUAAUAAUUGGAAAAAAGCAAUCGAAAAAUUUAACAGUCACCAAAAAAGUAAUAUUCAUUUAGAAUCUUCAAUAAAAGUUGAAGAAUUUAAAAAAACUUUGCGUGUAAACUGUGGAUCAAUUGCUCACAAAUUAGAUUCCCAACGUAGUAAAAUUGUUACAGAAAAUCGGCAGUACUUAUCGGCAAUCCUAGAAACUAUUCUUUAUUGUGCCAAACAAUGUAUUGCACUUCGAGGACAUAAUGAGAGUAACGAAAGUGGUAAUCAAGGUAACUUUAUUGAACUUUUGAAAAUUCGAUCUGGGGAUAAUAAUAUUAUAGCUAGGUAUUUUUUACAAAAAGAAAAGACAUUCCGCUAUGUUAGUCCUGAUUAUCAAAAUAUUUUUAUAAAUUUGAUGGGUCAGAAUGUUUUGAAUCAGAUAAUUGAAAAUGUCAAAAAUGCAGGUGUGUAUAGUGUAAUAAUGGAUGAAACCCAAGACAUGAAAAAACAUGAGCAAGUUUCUAUAGUUUUAAGAUAUUGUGAUACACGAUUAAACGUAUUUGAAAGUUUUAUUGGGUUCUAUAGAACAGAUAAAAUGGAUGGAGAAUCUCUUUCAAAUUUACUUAAACAUACUCUACUAACAUUAGGUCUAAAAAUCGAAAAUAUCAGAGGUCAAUGCUACGACGGUGCAGCUUCGAUGCGUGGUUCAUACUCAGGAGUUGCUAAAAGGAUUAAAGACGAAAAUAAACUAGCCCUGUAUGUACAUUGCUAUGCUCAUGUACUAAACUUAUGUGUAGUUGAUGUUAGUGGGAAAGUAGUACCAAUUCGUAAUAUGUUUGGUACUUUAAAUAAAAUUUAUACGUUUAUAGGAGCUUCUUCAAAAAGACAUUCAAUAUUUGAAAAAAUACAAAAGGAAUCAAAUUUAUCCAACAAUACUUUAAAAUCACUUAGUGACACUAGAUGGGGUUGCCGAAUAGAAGCUAUACGUUCUGUUAUAAAUAAUUUUAAUUCUAUUGUGUUAACCUUAGAAAAUAUAAAUGAAACAGACUCUACUCAUGGACCUGAUUUAGUUUUUGAAUUAACCAACUCCUUGUCACAACAUUUUCAAAAAAAAAAUGCUAACUUCUCUACUAUUUCAAUAUUAACAGAAGCUACUCUUAUGGAGCUACAGUCUCUUCGUAGUGAUGAUAGUUUUGAUAAAAUUUGGACGGAAACAGAACAGUUAGCUUCCAAAGAAUCUAUUUCACCACCCACAAUUCCAAGAAUAAGAACAAUACCUUCAAGAUUAGGUGGUGGUGAAACUUUAAUUUCGAGAAAUGUUGCAUCAUAUUUCAAAACUAAUAUUUAUUUUCCUGUUACUAGAAACCACAGGGAUGAAGAUAUUUUAGAAGUUUGUAACACCUACAAUAUUAACUUUGAUGACUUAAAGGCAGAAUUAAAACUAUUUGGGAAAAUGUGUUCAUCAACUAAUACUGAUGAAAAUUUUGAAGCCCAUUUAACUUUGUAUUUAGAAAAAGACUUGAUUGGCUCAUUUGACAAUAUUUACCUUAUUUAUAAAAUUUUUCUUUCUAUUCCAAUGAGUUCUGCUUCAAGUGAACGUUCGUUUUCAUCUCUUCGUCGCCUCAAAACAUUUACAAGAAACACAAUUGGCCAAGAAAGACUUAGUAACAUGGCUAUUUUACAUAUUGAAAAAACUUUUGAAAUUAACUUUGAUACAAUUAUUGAUCAGUUUGAUGCAGAUUCAACAGAAAGAGGUAGAAGACUUCAAUUGUCAUAG